AUAGUGUGACGAAACUCGGAAGUGCAUAGUGGUUGUCACGAAAAGACCGCUCAAGGUUCCCUGUUUUGUGCGCAUUCAAAGCCACGUUUCCCGUACUUCUGUCUGCUGUGUUUGGAUUGCAAGCACCUGUGAACAUGUUCAUCGUUCACUACAGACUAGUUAAGCCACAUUUAUAAAAUUAUCUGAAGAGAAGAAGACCUCAAAAUAUGUAACAAAUAAUGUUAUUUGAGGCCAUUGAGGAAAGUCAAUUAGGUUUGUGUUCAGAACAUUUAAUUUAAACGAGAAAUUGUGAAUAUACUGAGACACGCACUACAAAAGAGGUGACAUUUCCUUGGAUAAGCGGGCAUGAAAACGGGUUGCUUAAAUGUUAAUUUUAUAAAAACAAUUCCAGGUUUUGUUCUCACUGCAAUACAUCGCACAAUGAAUGGAAAGCUGCUGUUACUGGGUCUGCUUUAUUGUGUUCAGGGAAUACCAUAUGGAAUACAGUCAUCUCUGUUGCCAAUUUACUUCAGAACUUCUGGGCUAUCCUUCACCAAAAUAAGCCUGACCAAAAUUCUGUAUUUUCCAUGGAUCCUCAAAGUAAUCUGGGCUCCACUUGUUGACCAGUUUUCUACCAAGAGACAAUGGCUUCUGCUUACCAUGUGUGGAAUGGCACUAAGUUGCUUAAUCACUGGCACACUCUCUCCAGAGUAUAACUUUUCAGCUUUAGCAGUAUCUCUGUUGCUAAUGAACCUUAUGGCUUCAGUUCAAGAUAUUGCAGUCGAUGGUGUAGCAGUCCAGAUACUACAGAAUGAUGAAGUUGGCUAUGGAAACACAGUACAGGUGGUAGGGUACAAACUUGGGUCAGUCUUUGCUGGAGGCGGCUUACUGACAAUUAUGAAUUUGGUAGGAUGGGGUCUAAUGUUUGCUCUACUCAGUAUAGUGUAUGUGAUUGUUAUACUAUAUACUGCUGUAGCUUCUGAGUUGAAAACUCUGUCUAAAAUUCAGAGUAAUCACCAAAAGUCUAUGAAGCACUGUUUAAAUCCCUGGAGAAUACUGCAAGAAAUCCUCAGAGUGCCAGACACGUUUUGGACCAUAGGUUUUGUUCUUGUCUACAAACUUGGUGAACAAGGAGCAAUAAGCAUGUUUCCUCUUUUCUUAUUGGACCAUGGCAUGUCAGCAGGAGAGAUUGGACUUUGGCAUGGAAUGGUGGCCAUGGUAUUUUCAAUAAUUGGCUCCUCUCUUGGUGGGUUUCUAACUACUCGAUACAAGGUCUGUUCUUUAAUGAAGAUUUUCUUUAUCUUGAGGCUGUUAAGUUUGGCUUUCCAGACAUUUCUAAUAAAUGUAUUUAACGGUAACUCCUGGCUUAUGAAAGGAUGUGCUAUACUAAGCAUAAACAUACAACAUUUCUUUGGUGGAACAAUAACAACACUUGCAUUCAGCAUUAUGAUGCAAUGCACAAAAAUGGCACAUGUCAGAAUACAGGCUACUCAUUAUAGUUUCCUAGCAACUCUUGAGGUACUUGGAAAACUCUCUUUCAGUGUACUAGUUGGCUGGAUUGUUGACUGGGUUGGAUUUUUCUUGAGUUUCAUUGUUUUUCAACUUCUGUCUGUUGUAGCUAUAUUACAUGUUUACAAAGCUCCAAAAACUCUUUCCUAGUUAAAAAAAAAAAAUAUAUGGCCAAGUAAUUUAAUAUAGUAUGUAAUGAAAAACAUAAUCAGGAUUAGUAUUAUAUGCAAAGAGUACAGGUAUAUUUUAAUUAUAGAGAAUGUUUUUUUCAAAAAAUGUUAAAACAUCUUUAUCAUAAAAUAAAAGUAUUUUAUUCUAAAAA